CUGGGGUGGUCCAUGCUACAAUCUGCUACAAUCGGCUGGUUUAAAUUAGAUACUGCCGGUGACUGUAUUGACAACGCGUUUGCCUCCAAGAUCAUGAAGUUCUGCAGCCAGCCUGGACCAAGUCUUCCUGAUGAUUCUUCGGGGAGUUUGAUCGGUUCCAUCGAUCCUAUAGGUGGCACUUCCAAGUCACUCCAGCCAUCCCUGCCCCUUCCAAGUCUUCAUCCAAACAUCAGACAAAAAGGUGACAGCGCUCUAUCAUUUGUAGUUUCCCCAAGCGUGUUCCUUCAACCAGUUGUUUUCAGGUUUCUUAGCAUCCCAGCCGGUGUCCCUUCUGUCAUCUCACUUAUACAGUCAAGAAGUUCCUCAGUAAGCGCAUCACCUGCGUCAUCGUAAUAGCAAUCACGGUUAUCUUCGAGUUACGUCCCUCCACACCUUAAAGCAAGAAACUUGACCCACCUUAAAGCAAGAAGCUUGACCAAAUGGGUUUUACAAAGUCUUCAUCGAAAUCAUCCAACGCUCAUAAUGCGUUCAUGGGCCGAAACCGCCGAGAUAUCGACUCUCACCAUUUCCUAGGUCCCAUCAAGAGUAGGGUCACCUACUUUAACGGCUCCAUGACCUGGAUGAAGGGGAAAGCGUUAGUCAAAAACGGCGAGGAAGAUUUGUUUUGCGAAUUCGAGGGGGAUCCCAAUUUCAUUGAGCGUCGAUUUGGUGGUAACGUCAAGCGUCCACGUGAGAAAACAAUGGACGAAGACCACGUCUCCGAGGAAGAACCUAAUGGGACCCAACCAGAACCGAAAGCCCAACCCACACCUGAGACAGCAGUCAACAACCAACCCAAUAAAGAAAAUAAAGUCGCUGCCGCUGGUGACGUGCCUACUCCCAAACGUAGCCGGGUUUCCGAUCCGCUUGGCUUGGGCCAGCGCACCUUGGCUGAUGCUAUACUCCAAGGUCCAAACGAGGGACCCUCGCGCAACACACGCUCUAGAGCCGGUAGUAGCCUUCGGGGGAAAGGAGGUCACCGGACACCCCUCGUGACUGGAACUUCGCGAAAGGGAAGCGGUAGCACUGCCCGCAAAAUGUCGACCGGGAAAGCGGUUGGGCGUAAGGGAAAGGGCAAGGGGAAGGCUACGGAUCCUGAUCAAUUGGCCGAAAUUACUGCAGGAAUCGACGGGUUUUCGGUCUUCAGUAACCAUCAAAUCGAAGAGGAUCCGGCCAAUCCCAAUAACCUCGCGGUUGCCGGGCCGUCGACGAGCAAGAUGGCAGGAAUGGAUGCGGGCGAAUGGGCUCAUCCGGUGACUCAUUCUGCUAAAGUUGGUGUGUGGCUCGAAAGAACGGCUGAAGCCGGCUCCCAGGCCCCGGUAGAUGCCCCUCGAAGCCGAGCCCCCUCAUCAAUCGCCGGCAUCGUCAUGGGAUAAACUCGCGUUCGAUAAUGCGAUUCACUCCAUUCUAGCGCAAACCCGUCAUCUGAAGAUGUCCCCAAGCGUUAGAUAAUGAACACCCUGACUAAUUGACCAAGUCGCGUCUUUGUGAGGCCUCAUGGACCCACUUUAAAAUUAAAAUUUGCUUUGAUAGUUCCGAU